AUGCCAAGAAAUUCAGAAGAUGUUAACCUAGGUGACAGAUAUGCCAUACUCCUUAACAAAUCACUUAAGGAGAACCAAGCCUUGAGAGAGGAACUGAAGGAACGAGAAGAGCAGAACAGCACCAAGAUAGAACAACUGACAUCUAAAGUGGAUUCCUUGUGCCGUCUUCUGGAGCAGGAGCAAACCAAAGGAAGCAGCAAGAAAUCAAACCAUAAAUCAGCGAAAGUCCACGUACCUACAAGGUGUCGGGUAAGUAGCAGUUUUUCGUUUUCUGUAGGGCUUACUUGGGCCAUUUAAACAUAGGACGCUUCUUUUGUAAGACGCAUGUUAUUUUUCCCUUUGAGAAAUCAUUACCAGAGGGCGUCUGUGUCAAUAGAGAGAUAUGUAGUCACAUUAACUGCAAACGUCAGAUUAAGUUGAGAAAUUUUUAGUAACCUUGUAGAAAUUGAUAAAAGGAAAGCAGCUCAAAACAAUUUUUAUGGAUAAAACUGUCGUGAAUCUGCUGAUUUCCGUGCAGUUUUGAUGUAAGCAACAACUAACAAGUUACUUGAUACAUUUUGUUGUAAAAACGACACUGAGGUGCCGGCCCUUUGACUUUUGAGUAAAAAAUUUUAUGUAGUGGUGUAAGUUAAGAUAAUAUGAGCUGCUAGAACUACAACCUUCUUUAAUAACUUUAAUAAGGUUGUUGUAAAACCCGUGUCAAAACUAUUAUUUUGAAGCCCUGUGUUCAUACUGAUUUUUUUGUGUGAUGUGAUUUAUUGAAAUAAUGAAACUAGUAUUAACUAGUGGUUAAGAAGUCUAGGCACUAACAAUAGAUGGCCAAAAUUCUCUUUCUCCAUUGCUGCGUACUAUUCAUAAGUACAUUGUGCCAGCAUCCUCAUGAAACACUUGUGGAAUACCUUCAAGCUGUGAAAACAUGCAUUUAUCAAUCUACGGUGCAUACUUAAUAAUGACCUGGGCCCAGUUGUUUGAAGGUUGAUCAGCGCUUAACCCGGGGUUAAAUUUAACCUAGGUUUCUUUUUCUUGUGUUCAAAAGCUUUUAUCAGAUACUUUUUAUCUGAUAUUCUUAGAGCUUCCAAUCGUCAAAUUGUAGACAAAAAAAAUUAAAACUAAAAUGCUCUUUAAGCUUUCAAAUCUUAAUUCAAAUCUCGCACUAACCCUGGGUUAUCUUAACCCAGCUUUGAACAACUCCGCCCUGGAGAUAAGGAUUGCCAGCUCUUCUUGUCACCCUCAAUUGGUAUUAGGGGCUAAGGGAAACAUCUUAAGACUGCAAACGCUUACAAUACUUAAUCGUUUUCUGUUACUAGUGUGUUUUAGACUGAAUUUCGCAAGAUGUACAAAUCAUUGAUGGACAACGAUGCAAAUUUUCAAGGAUUCUACCUGGAGGAAAGGUAAAGUAACUAACACAGAGGCUUGCUUGUUUUUCAUCUGUUGUAUUUAUUGCUUUCAACCUUAGAUGGCUUAUUACACCAUGUUUGUAGUUAACAUUGGCCAAUUUUUUUUCUCUGACCUCACAGCUGUUUCCUUUUGUUUUGUAGUGCCAGCUCAACAAAAAACAAAGAUGUUUUUUCAGUCGUUGCUGAUGCAAUAAGUAAUGACUAUGGUGGAAGUGAACAGUGUCCUUGGUCACCUGCACAACUAAGAGGUAUGUGCAUGAUGUAGUUUGAAAAUUACUUGCUUUUUAUUUAAAGCAAGGACAAUAAACAAGUCAUUCGGCCCACUAUUAUUAUUGCAUUUUAAGCUGUCUCAAGCUGUUUGCUUCAUAACGAUUAUUAUUAAAUUUCCUAAAGAAAGUUUUUCCAAUGCUGUAUUACAAACUUGGCGGAAUUUUGGCGUUAGCGUUGUACAGUGGGUAACAUGUAUUGAGGCUCAUCACAACACAGAGAUUGCCGAAAAUGGGCAGGAGAUGAAUCUAUACCAUUAUCACAUGGCUAUCAAACUGGAAAAGAGGGUCUGGUGGUUUCAAGUUAGAAAGUAUUUAGAUGAGAACUUUGGGAUAAAUGUGAACUUCAGCAAUAAUCACACCACCUACUACAGCGUGUACCGUUACGUCACGAAAGAAGACAACGAUACUUUGCACUCGCUUUGCCAUCCAGAUUUAAUGGACGUUGCUCCUCAAAUCGAAUCUCCUGUGGCCAUGAAAAAGAGGAAAGCAAAGGCCAAGCAACAACGCCUUAAGUCUCAGAAAAGAGGAGGUGAUUGCCUGAGCACUUUUGACAUGUGUCAGCUGGUGCAAGCCAAAUCCAUAAGUUCACGCUUAGAGCUGGUAUCUUUGGCAGUGGCUCAAGUUAGAGAAGGGAAAACCGCGUUGGCCGAAUUUAUUGCCAACCAGGGAAGUAAAGCGGUCAAUGAAGUGAUUCAGUUAGCAAAGGAUUUUGCUGAGGCAGAAACAAGUUUAAAUCGGUCUAAAAAAACCCACAUUAAACUGCUAGAAGAGAAGCUGACCAGAGAGUGCACUGAGGGUUGUGAAGGGAGAUGGUGUACAGCUGCGAAAGAGUUACUCCAGUGCCACAAGAUCGAAAAGCGUUCAUUUUGCAAUGCAAUUUACAGUGCACUGGAAAAAUGUAGAGGAAAGUAUCUCAAUGUUUAUAUACAUGGUCCUGCAAAAUGCGGGAAAUUGUUUAUUGUAUCGCCACUAAAAGUUAUUUACCAGGCUUUCUUGAAUCCCGCCACGGGUUCAUUUGCCUGGAUAGCUGCGGAAGAGGCCGAGAUUAUAUAUCUUAAUGAUUUUGGUGGCAUCCUAAGAUCAUCGCCUGAGCCGAUUUUCUGCAAGCUCUAG